AACGCUUUAUAGCAUAAACGAGACUCCUUGGUGGUGGAAAGAGCGUCAAGAGUUUCAAUCGGGCUGUCAAAACGACGUUGACAGCCCGAUUUCUUGGAGGGAUUCCAACGCCAAGGUACGAAUAAUCUUUUCGCGCGAUCGAAUAUUCUCAUGCUGUUCUGGAUUCUUGCGUAGCUUCUCUUGCGCGUUUUCUUUACGUGUGAGUUAUGCGGUUCCCGUUUAUUCGCUCAUUCAAUUCUGAUACAACUCCACCUACCCUUUUUUUUUUUUUCAUUUGUUGAUUUUUUCUUAAGAGGUUGUCAUUACUCUUUCAUACUCCGCAGGCGUGUCUCGGUUUUCACACAUUCUGGGAGAUCUGGGUUUUCUUGAAAUUUCCCUCGAAGGUUUUGCAUUGAAUUUCUUCCAUGAGUUCGUUUUCUGGGCCCCUUCAGCGACCUCUGGUAGCUGCUGCUGCUGUUGCUGCGGCUUCCUUCUCUGCUGACCUCUCGGAUAAAUUGCCUUUGCCAUCUCGUGGAGCAUCGGAUGUUUGUUCAACCACAGAUUUGACGAAUUCUUCGGCUUAUAAUUCCAUUGAAGGGUCAAGUUCAUCAUGGGUUUCUCAUAUUUCCUCUUCUAAGCUUGCUAACCUUUCUUUUUUUACCCGAAUUCGAGUGCCUGUUCCUGAUGUAUAUUUCCGUGUCCCAUCUUUGGGCCCCAAUUACGUUUCAAAUUUGCACUAUUCUUUUGUUGCUUCGUCUCGACAGCUUCACUGUUUAUAUCACUCUGCUGGUUUGCCUCAAGUCUCCAGGCCAUCGGCAUAUUCCAAAAGUAUAUCUUCUCCGCCUUCUGAGGUUAUGUACCAAUGGCAUUUGCCUGAGGUAAAUGCCGUGGGUCUUUUAGGUGAUUCCAAAUGUUCAUUGGAGAAAUCAAGGACGGUGGUGGUUUUAUUGGGCUGGUUGGGGUCAAAGCAGAAACAUCUUAAGAAGUAUGCAGAGUGGUACACUUCAAGAGGGUUUCAUGCCAUUACAUUUACCUUUCCAAUGGAUGAGGUUCUAAGUUACCAGCCUGGAGGGAAAGCGGAACAAAAUGUUCAGUUGCUAGUGGACCAUUUGGCAGGCUGGCUCGAAGGGGAAGAUGAAAAGAAUCUAGUAUUUCACACUUUCAGCAACACUGGAUGGUUAACAUAUGGGGUUGUUUUGGAGCAGUUUCAAAAGCAGGAUCCUUCAAUAAUGAAUAGGAUUAGGGGCUGCAUAGUAGAUUCUGCACCUGUUGCCUACCCUGACCCACAGGUCUGGGCUUCAGGUUUCUCCGCAGCAUUUCUCAAGAAAAAUAGUAUGGCUACAAGAGCAAGCGCGUCCUCAGAUUAUACAGACAUUAAGGCAUCAAUUGCCAGGGAUGAACCUGCAGCAACUGAAGCAGCUUUACUUUUAAUACUUAAGAAAUUUUUCGAGGUGGUUCUAAAUCUUCCAACAGUGAAUAGGAGGCUCACUGAUGUGUUGAACAUGUUGUCUUCAAAGCAACCCAACUGUCCUCAGUUAUACAUCUAUAGCUCAGCAGACAGAGUUAUACCUGCUGGUUCUGUGGAAUCAUUUGUGGAGAAGCAGCGCAAGGCUGGGCAUGAUGUGAGGGCGUGCAAUUUUGUAUCCACGCCCCACGUCGAUCACUUCAGAAAUGACCCAAAACUGUAUAGUUCUCAGCUUACCCAAUUCUUUGACGAGUGUGUGCUCACUCGUUCCCAGUCUUCUCACUAGUUCCUAUGUUCGUGGCUUCUGCUUGCAAGCCCUAAUAGUUGAUUAAUCCUCGAAGCAGCCAUCCUUGAUUGAUGCUGCUUAUGCUCUGAUUGCUAAACUGGUAUAUUUAUAAUGCAAAUGAGGCGUAGUUCCACCUA